AUGGACGCGGCGGGGGACAUUCAGAAGGAGGACGACGAGGAGGCGCUCCACUGGGCCGCGCUGGAGAAGCUGCCCACCUACGACCUCGUCCGCCGCGCCAUCGUCCCGCUCGACCUCGGGGCCGACGGCGCCGAGGCGGCCGGCGGGAAGAGGCUCGUGGACGUCGACGUGCUCAGCCUCGGCCCGCGCGAGAGGCGGGCGCUGCUGGAGCGCCUCGUCCGCGUCGCCGACGAGGACAACGAGCGGUUCCUGCUCAAGCUCAAGGACCGCGUCGACAGGGUCGAGAUCGACAUGCCCACGAUCGAGGUGCGGUUCCAGAACCUUGAGGCGGAGGCUGAGGUGCGCGGCGUCGGUAGCAGCGGCCUCCCCACCGUCCUCAACUCUGUUGUCAACACGAUCGAGGAUGACACUUCUGUUAGGUCCGCCUGGAUCAGGCAAGACCACUUUGUUGCCCGCCUUGGCUGGAAGGCUUGA